AUGCACCCUCCAGCCCUCGCCUCCACCACCAAGAUUGCAUAUUUUGACGCUAAACGGGCGGCAACCGACAGCUCUUAUGCCCGGUCCUUCAGCUCCGCUCCCUCAUUUGUUGUUUACUCGGACAAAUUCAUUAACGAUGUGCUCGGUCUCAAUGCCCGGUUAUCCCUCGUCUCGUCCCGCAAAGACACGAAGGAUAAAUUCGCCCAUGAAGCCGGAGUAUACAUCCCAGGCACAAACAGUAUCUACUUCACCUCAAACUACCAGACCAGCGACCCCAGAAUCGACCUCUAUGCCAUAACAGCCGACACCUGGCAGAUUGAGAAGCUCACCGAUAAGCCAGGCUUUGACAUCGUCAGCCAGCCCAAUGGCGCCUGUAAUUACCAGGGCAAAAUCCUCUACUGCGCCCAGGGCAACAUGGAUACUGGUGGUGGCAACGGCAAGCCCUCUGCCCUCACCCUGGUCGACCCCGUCUACGGCACCGCAGACACUCUGAUAAAUAACUUCCACGGCCGUGAAUUCUCUUCGAUCAACGACGUCGUCGUUCACCAUGGGACGGGAGACAUAUGGUUCACGGAUCCGACAUAUGGGUUCGAGCAGGCAUUCCGCCCCGUUCCCGAGCUGCCCAAACAAGUGUACUGCUUCCGGCCCUCAACAUGCCAAUGCUGGGUUGUCGCCGAUGGCUUCAGUAUGUGCAAUGGCCUUUGUUUCAAUCCAGACUACACCCUCAUGUACAUCACGGAUACAGGUGCGAUACAGAGUCAUGGCCAUAUAGGGGAUGGACAUAAUUUCUCGUUCUGCGGGACGUCACCGGCUUCUAUCUAUGUUUAUGAUGUAGUGGAUGGGGCAACUCAUUUGGCAAAUCGGCGGCUGUUUGCCUAUUGUGAUAAUGGCGUACCGGAUGGGAUUAAGUGUGAUGAGAAGGGGUUUGUAUACUCUGGGUGUGGGGAUGGUGUGCACGUGUGGGACCCCAAGGGACAUUUGGUGGGGAAGAUCGUCGUUGGGAGUACUACAGCAAAUUUCUGCUUUGGUAAGGAGGGGCUCUGGAUGUUUGCGGAGGAGGAGCUGUGGUUUUGUGAGUUGAAGGCUCGGGGUGCAUUGCCUGAGGUUAAAGGGAUGAAGUGA